AUGGCAAGGAAGGGGUAUCUGUCUGUGAUUGCCUUGGGCCGAUCUCCCUAUCAACCUCCCGAGAGACAAUCCGAUGCCGUUUUACAUGAGAUUGUGUCUACAACAAAUGCCGAGUCGUAUGUGCAGCAAUACGACGGUCGUGGGCAUCCAACCAACCUUCGGUCAAAAGCCUCUGCAAAGCAGUUUCGGCGCGCUAAAAAUGACAUCUUAUCUACUAUGGGCAUAGUUGUUAGCGGUGAAGAUGGCAGAUCUAGGGCGGCAAAAGAAGGGCAACAAGUGACACUUCUUGCAGAGGAAAAUGGUUAUGGAAUGGCAAUCUCCCUAGCAGACCAGAUCGCCAUGUUUACUGCGACGUGGUGGACAUUUGCUCUUUCAACUCGGCUUCAGACUUUUACAACCUACGAUCAGGCCCCACUGACCCACAUAAUACGCCUCGAGCAAAGGCAGCAAGGUCUACUCGGAUUUUAUUCUUCGGGCAUGCCGAUGUGUAUUUGCUCAUGCAUUGUUUCUUUUUUUCGCUACAAUUUUCUACACUCAUAUAUGGAGUCAUGCUAUUCGAGAAUAUCGUCUUGGUCCGAAAACCGUCAUAUAAGUUUAUUAUUACGGGCCUCAUCCGUAAUCAAAUUUGGACUACACUGUGUUCUUUAUGUGGUUGCCCACGAAGGCACUAUGCUUUCGCUACUGCAAUCACUCCAACUCGUUCCCACUUAUAAUAUGCCAUCUCUAGGACUUUUUUUGCCAUUCGGUGACUAUUCUUUACUGCGACUGCCAUCUAUUCAUGUCACAUCUGGUCAGGAUGUGUGGAACUUUAUUACUAGCCUUGUGAUUUCCCCCUUCCCUUUAAUAUGUUUACUUUCUAGGGCUCGAGCCUUAGUAGAAACAAAUAUUUAUCGAUUUCUCCGGCGGAGAUUGCCAAGGCCAGAUGCUCCAGAUAGACUUUCAUUUCGUGUUGCCCUGGAGGGCGAUUUGGUCGACUGGACCAUGCCUUCUCUAAGCAGAAGAGCUGAAGAAGAGGAGUUGCGAAGCCCGCUAAGCAUCACACAGGAGUUUAUCUUUGAAGCGAUGGUAUUGCAGCGAUGGUUGCUCAGUUUAUUAAGUUGGAAGGCAUGGAGGCAAGACAAACCGAAUAUAGAUGGAUCUUGCCCACAAACACUGCACCAUCGACUUCCGGGUGAAGUCAACGACAAUGGCCCUCCAUCUGCCCUGGGAACUGCUACUAGAAAUCAACAGGAAGGAUCAUCUGAAAAUCUUUCUUCAUCCCAUUCAGCUACAGAGUGGGGAGAACCUAACCGGAUUCUUACUGGUGAGGACCAGCGCUUUGCUCAAUCACCUGUCCAACUUCAAGAAGAUUAUACAGGGGGCUCCUUUGGAAAUGACAGGUCUGUUACUACGAGCGUUUUACAAUUGCUCCCAGAACCAGCCUUUCACUCUCAGCAACGACCCCAGUCCCCCACAACCACAUUAUCUUCCCGGUCUUCAUCUGCAGCUAUUUCUUCACCUCCAUCCCCACAUGUCAGGGCAUCUUUGGUGCAUCAAGAGUCGGAUAUGGUUACUAUGGAACUAGAAUUAUUGCAAAGCAGCCAGGAGCCUAGUGUUAUUGACCCGACAGCCGCUGAACUUCUCCUUUUUGGCCAUGCCAACGCUCGUCCCCAUUUAUCCCCGCCAUUUCGUGAGGAUCUUGAAAUGGACCACGCCCAACUCCCCUUAGCAAACAGGGAGGGAGUGCCUUCGAAUGCCGCCCAAAUAAAUCGCCAUGAUGUUGAAAUCGAAAGGGCACCUUUGGCAUCUCGCCAGCCACAUCGCACUGUAACGAUAUCAGACGCAGAGCGAGACGACAUCGCUAAUCACAGGAUUACCACUCUUUCUACUCACGCUGCUGAUUCACUAGCUUGCCAUCUCGCUAGAAUGCUGACAACUAUGCUGUUAUUCCCAAUCGAGUCACUUGCUCUUCGAAGCCUGGCAAUCAGCUAUCUUUCACCGCCCACAUCCACGUUAGAUUUACAUACAGCUGCAGCUACAUGUUCUCAAAUCCGCUCAUUAACUUCCUGGUUUGGCGGCGGUAGCCUAUCCAAUAAAUUUUCGUAUAUAGGGAAACUGGGCCUUAUUUUGGGAUUGAGGGCUGCGUGUCACGCAGCUUUAUGGGCAGUUCAGACAACAGCGGUGAGAACUUUAGGUAGGAGGAAGUUUGGAUGGGGAAUGUUGCAAGGUUAA